CUCGUUUCCCGCGCGCGCACUGGUUCGGGCGUGCCCAAAGUCCAGCGCGAGCUCGAGAGUAAGUGCUCUGUCUGCGGGCCUAUGGACGACACCCAGUCGCUGCAUUCUGACCACUCUGCUGCGCUCAUCCCAUCCCCGCCGUCUUAUACGCUCGCCGCUCACACCAUCGUUUUCACUCCCUCUUCCAACGCCGCAAAUCCCCGCGGGGCGCGUAGACUGCUCGAAAGCCCAACCAUCGCCCGACGUACGACCCGGCGACGGUCCGCUGCGACGCGGGUCCGCUGGCGUCGACGAAACGCAUACCCCGGGAAGCGGUGCCUUGUACAUCGUCGAUCGUGCGGGGCAACGCUUCGUGGCAGAGAACGGGCAGAGCCGUUCGUGGCUGGCACCGCGAGCUCACCGAGACUGAUGGGUGCUGAGCACGACGUGCUGGACAGCGACCGAUGUGCCUCGGCAGGCGGCACGACGAGCCGGGCGGCGGCGACGCACAACCGUCGACUUGAGGGGCUUGUGGACGCUGUGGGCCCAGAGGUAGGUGCGACGGCGGGCGAGCCAUCCGCGUCUUGCGCACGGCGGUGCUGGGCGCGAGAGAACAUCGCCUGGACGCGGGCGAUACAACACGUCUCUCGCGCGAUAGAUGUCUCUGCGAGCGGAGGUGAGUUUACGUCGGUGCGGUGCACACGCGACACGCCGUACUGUGCUGUGCCAGCUACCGCGAUCGGGAGCACAAUUGAGCAGAGACCACCUCACCGCGAGACAGGACAGCGGCAUCUCCCACGCCGCUCGUCCGACGAUGUAGCGUCGACGCGGGCGCGCGCGUCGGAUGCGUGUGUCUCGGCGAAGCUCCAGAAGCGCAGCCCGUGCACUGUCAACUGGACAGUGAGCCUGCUCCCGGGCAUGCACGGCUCUGUCGGGCAGCGAUGAGUUGCGUUGGGCAGUGACGAGAACGAUGGUGCGCACCUCCGUCCGUGCCUAAACCGGAUCGCGACUCGGCUCUACGUCGCUCGUCCGGUGGGCUCCGCUUGGGUCGCGCAGCAGCCGAACCCGUGUUGAACAGCGCAUGCUGCCGCUCAUGGACGGUUUGCUGGCGGACUGCAUGGGUGCUUUUCAGAGAACUGUGCCCAGUCGAGCGCGUCGGCUCGCCUCUCCUGCGUAUCCGUCGUUAGUGGUCCGCAAUGGUGACUCUCGAGUGGGACGUCAUCAACGUACUUUGGCUUCUCAGCGGCCUCAUCUCAUCGUCAGGUGUCCGGUUCAGGUU